AUGGAGAAGAGAACCAAUAACUUUGCCAGCGCAAAGGGGUCCAAGCUUUGUGCUCAGAAACUUGAUAAUAAGGUAUGGAGGAGGAGGAAGGGUCGCUUGAUGCAAGCGCACGUGAUGAGAGUCUUCUAG